AUUAAAGAAUACGGAGUAUGAUUUAUGUGUAGUAAAAAUGGUUACCUAGUACUCCUACUCCAGUACUCCGUAUAAGAUAUUGACCUCAUUGUACAUGUUUUUAAAAUUUGAAUUAGACAUCACGUAUUCACGUGCAUUUAGAUGUAGUUACAGCUGAAUCUAAUUUAUCGGGUUUGUAUUCUUCCGGAGGAUGGAGGGUCAUCACUUGGAAGUGGGGUUGGGGUAGUUCGAGGUUAGAGCGUAGUUUCAUUAUAAGGUAGUCUGCCUGAGUUUUUUUUUCUUUAUCAAAAAAAAAAAAACCAUAUUGUGUAUUUAUGAGGUCUCUCCAUUUCUUUCGUUGGUAAACGGUGAGUAAUUAAUUAACUCUUGUUGAAAGUUGAAUGGCCUCUUCGGUUAUUAUGUAUUUAAUCUCAAUAGAUCUGUAACUCUUGUUUUCAAGAACCCCUUAAACUUUACACAUUAAUUGUUUCAUACACAUUUCCAAUCUGCCAUGGAUGCAAAUGAGAAAGAGCUCAAUCAAAAUAACAAUUAUGAUAAAGACAGAAUCAGUGAUCUACCAGACUUGCUUCUUCAUCGAAUCUUGUCAUCCUUGGAUACCAAACUUGUUGUUCAAUCCUCAGUUUUUUCUACUAGAUGGAAACAUCUUUGGACCCAUAUCCCUUCUCUCAACUUUACCUUCUCUAAGGCGGAUUGUCCUCUUCCUUCGUCUUCGCCUUCUUAUGGAGUGAUUGACUAUUUAUGAAGUUUAGAGCAAAAAUACAGGAUGUUGAAUUCCAUGCCGAAACUUACAAUAUUUCCCAGCUUAUGGAGUUGCCAGAAUGCUUAUAUGUUACUCAAUCACUCAAGAAACUCCACCUCGGUAUUCCUUGUGUGAAUUUGUGGAAUGCUACGGGUUUCCUUGCAUUGAAAGAGUUGCGGCUUCACGGUCUUUCUUCUGAUAUCCCACAGAUUAUCAGUCCCGACUUUUUUUCAAAAUGUCCUGCUUUGGAAAAUUUGAGUUUCUCUGAUUGCAGACUAUGUUUUUUGGUUCUGACAAUAUCAGCUCCCAUGCUUAAGAAACUGGAGAUAUUCAACUCGUCUUUUGAUCAGGUUGUAGUUUCGUCACCCCUGCUUACUAGCUUCAAUUUCGAAGGCAGUGAUCCUAUAAACUUGUUUAUGGAUGAUAAAUGUAUGUUGGAAGAAGUAGACAUAAAUGUCAAAGCAGAUGGCAGAGAUGAAGAAAAUAAGGCCACUCAGCUUCUUGGAAUGCUCAAGGAGCUAGCUAACGCCAAAUAUGUUGUUGUGUCCUUGGACACUCUCAAGGUGCUUUCUGCAGCCCGUAACAGACUUAAAAGUGAGCCAUCACCCUUUCCUUUCUUAAAGGCCUUAAAACUGAAAACUGAUUGGUCAAUGACUAGAGAUGGAUGGGAUUUUCUGUUGAAAGAUUCGGCAUCAGAAGUUGAGACAUCGAUUCAAUUACCAUUUCCUUUGCCAAGGUUAACAAGAAAGCGCUUCAGGACAUUUUAGAGCUGCUUUUUCUCCUACCCAGUAGCUCAAUGCAAGACUAUAAUGUGUAUUGAAUCCUGUAUGGCAACUAUCUGAUUAAAUGUAACAGGAGGAAGAGUUUAGAUUUUUUUGGCAUUUUAGCCUGCUUCUCACUGACAGAUUUAAGUGACAAAGAUAAGCUGCUAAAAUUCAUUUCCGCGUUAAGAAUUUAAUUGCACUUUAGUCUGCUUUGCAUCAUGA